GUUUUUAGAAAAGAUCAUAUACUAUUGGUUUCAAAGUCUUUGACUUUGAAUGUUUGAACUUUUCAAGGUUCGCCUACUCGCCGGUCGUCUCCUUUAACCUUCGUCUCUGUGUUUAUAUAAGAACAUAUACGUAUUUGAUGAUUACAAAAAGACAAUUCUUUAUCCUUCUUUAGAUUUCUGUGGAAAGUUCACUAUUUAUUAGGAGAGACAAUUUCAAAAAGGAAAGCUUUUUGCUUGGAACUGUUCUGUGAGUUCUAAUGGCGGAUCAAGUUAAAGAAAAGACAUUGGAGGAAACUUCUACAUGGGCCGUCGCGGUGGUUUGCUUCGUCUUGCUUCUGAUUUCGAUCGUUAUUGAAAAACUUAUUCAUAAAAUUGGAUCCUGGUUUAAAAAGAAGAACAAAAAAGCUCUAUAUGAAGCACUUGAAAAAGUGAAAGCAGAGCUUAUGCUGAUGGGAUUCAUAUCACUACUUCUAACAAUUGGACAAGGAUAUAUCUCAAAUAUUUGCAUCCCUAAGAACAUCGCAGCAUCGAUGCACCCUUGUAGUGCAUCCGAAGAAGCAAGAAAGUAUGGUAAGAAAGAUGUCCCAAAGGAAGAUGAAGAAGAAAACUUGCGUCGAAAGCUUCUACAGUUAGUUGAUUCUCUUAUUCCUCGAAGGAGUUUGGCUACUAAAGGUUAUGAUAAGUGUGCAGAGAAGGGAAAAGUCGCUUUUGUAUCGGCUUAUGGCAUGCAUCAGCUGCAUAUAUUCAUCUUUGUUCUUGCGGUUUGUCAUGUGAUCUACUGCAUUGUUACUUAUGCUUUGGGAAAGACCAAAAUGAGAAGGUGGAAGAAGUGGGAAGAGGAGACUAAGACUAUCGAAUAUCAGUAUUCACACGAUCCCGAGAGGUUUAGGUUUGCGCGGGAUACAUCUUUCGGGCGUAGACAUCUGAGUUUCUGGAGCAAAUCAACUAUUACGCUGUGGAUUGUAUGUUUCUUCAGGCAGUUCUUUAGAUCUGUAACCAAAGUUGAUUACUUAACACUGAGACAUGGUUUCAUCAUGGCCCAUUUGGCUCCUGGGAGCGACGCAAGGUUCGAUUUCCGAAAGUAUAUUCAGAGAUCACUAGAGGAAGACUUCAAAACCAUUGUCGAGAUCAACCCUGUGAUCUGGUUCAUAGCUGUGCUAUUCCUCCUGACAAACACAAACGGAUUGAAUUCUUACCUCUGGCUACCGUUCAUUCCCUUCAUCGUGAUUCUUAUUGUUGGAACAAAACUUCAAGUGAUAAUAACAAAACUAGGACUUAGAAUCCAAGAGAAAGGCGACGUAGUGAAAGGCACACCGCUAGUUCAACCCGGUGAUCAUUUCUUCUGGUUCGGUCGUCCACGUUUCAUUCUCUUCCUCAUUCACUUAGUCCUCUUCACGAACGCGUUUCAACUAGCUUUCUUUGUCUGGAGUACGGUAAGCAAGCAAUCCUGCAUUCUCCAUGAACUUGAAACGUAAUAAUACCUAUACAAUCAUCAUUUUCAUCAAAAUCUUUUGUUAUCUCUUCAGUAUGAAUUCGGUCUAAAGAACUGUUUCCAUGAAAGCAGAGUUGACGUGAUCAUCAGAAUCUCAAUCGGGUAAGUGGAAAACAUAAGCUUCAAAACCCUUCAUAGAAACCAUCCCUUAACAUCUAACAAAGUCACAACCUUUUGGAAAACAUAAGCUUCAAACAUAGAACUGAGAAACCAUUCCUUAAAAUCUAACAAAGUCACGACCUUUUGGAUCUUGCAGACUUUUAGUUCAGAUUCUUUGCAGCUACGUUACUCUUCCUCUAUAUGCUCUUGUUACUCAAGUAAGAUCCACGCACACACAAAAACACAUAAAGAUUGAAACUUUCAAUUUCAAAAACUGACAUUUUUGAAUUCAAUUUUGGUGAAGAUGGGUUCAAAGAUGAAACCAACAGUGUUCAACGAGAGAGUAGCAACAGCGUUAAAGAGUUGGCAUCACACAGCUAAGAAAAAUAUCAAACAUGGAAGAACUUCAGAAUCAACAACACCUUUCUCUAGUAGACCAACAACACCAACUCAUGGUUCUUCUCCGAUUCAUCUCCUUCGUAAUGCUCCUCACAAACGAAGCAGAAGCGUUGACGAAAGCUUUGCGAAUUCGUUUUCUCCGAGAAACUCUGAUUUCGAUUCGUGGGAUCCUGAGUCUCAACAUGAAACUGCUGAGACUUCGAAUUCGAAUCAUCGUUCUAGGUUUGGAGAAGAAGAAUCGGAGAAAAAGUUUGUUUCUUCAUCAGUGGAACUUCCUCCUGGACCUGGACAAAUACGAACACAGCAUGAGAUUAGUACUAUAAGCUUAAGGGAUUUUUCGUUUAAGCGAUGAUUUAAUGUUUUCUUAAUUCAUUAUUUAGUGAUUUGUUAAUAUGCUAAAUGAAACCAGUUCUUGUAAAUUUUCUAUACUAUGUUUGUUAAAACCAGCCCUUGAAGCUUUAAUUUCUCAAUGUAAAAGUCUGAUGAUUUUGGAUUUUAAGACUAUGGAGAUUCAUGGGUAGUUGGUGAAGAGUGUUCUUGUCUUUUGGGUUUGAGAGUUUGUGGAAGAUGUGUUAGCAGAUUUAGAAAGCAUGCAAGGGGUUUGAUAAAAUGCCUGAGUGAGACUUGGUUUUCCUGAAACACAGUGGUUUCUGGGUGUAGAUAGAUUGGAUUGGCGAGGAUUGUAUUUUGAUAUGGUUUGUAGAAUCUGAAGACUCGUUUUAUCGCCACUAUUUUUUUGAGUAUUGACAAGGUGAUUAG